GUUUUGACAGUUCGACGUGGCUCUUAUUUCAGUUUUGGUGAUUUAGAAUAAUGCAGAAAUAAUGCAAGAUAUUUGUGAAAAUAUUCGGACUGCAAUUGAUCAUGGGCGCACCGACAUUAUAAGGUCAAUUUUAGAUGCAUGUGAAAAUGGAAACGUAGGCGAGACUAUCUCUAAACAAAAAAUUUUGAAUCAACCACUUCUUGAAGAAGGAACGUUUUUGACUUAUGCUUCCAAGGUAAACCAAGUUGAUGUUGUAAGAACAUUAUUAAGUUGUGGUGCGGACCCUGCAAUUCAAAAUUCCCAGGGUCAUAAUGCAUUGGAUGUGGCCUCAAGCGACAUAGUUCGUCAUAUCUUUGUGGAAGAAUUGCUCAGAGCAACCGCAGCUUCUGAAAUAGAUAGAGUGGAUCAAUUAUUAGAGGCGGGUAUAAACGUCAAUUCCUGGGAUUCUGAGGGAAGUAAAAACACUCCCUUACACUGGGCAUCAUGUUAUGGCAAUAAAGAAAUUAUCAGCUGUCUUAUAGAUAGAGGAGGUAAUGUAAAUUCGGAAAAUGGUUGUGGUGCCACGCCUUUACACGAUGCUGUAAAUCGUGGUGAUGUUACUGUUUGUGAAGAAUUGCUGCGAGCAGGAGCAAAUCCAAUUAUUCGUGCUUUUAAGGGACAAUUCGCAGGAAAAACACCGUAUGAUCUCGCGCGAGGAAAUCCCGCCUUGCAAGCCUUGUUGCACAAUUUUCUGCCAAAUUCUUUUGCAAAAGAUUGCGAAACCAUGCACAGUCCAACGGGACAGUUUGCGGAAAUUAAUUUCUGCCAGAAGAGUGUCUCGGUUCACGCGAGUCAACCUUCGGUGGAGUCAAACAAAUCCUCGGAUCCAGGAUACGACAUUCCAAAUCGAGAAACGAGCAACGACAGUCCAAUCAGACCGAUAGCUGAUAAAAGUGGAAUUUACGGUUUAAUAUGGCCGGAACCGAAAACUAUUUUAGAGCUUGGAAACUCCUCGCCACCUUUCAUUGCUGGGAAGGAACUUUACAUUUCGAUUAUACAAGGUAGAGAGUCAAUUCACAAGAUCCUGGAUGUCUGGGAAAUAAGUAGAACGCAUCUGCUAGAACUUGGAUACGACGUGAAAAUCGGUGAAGUUCAGCCAGGAUCGGGAAGAUGGCUGGGCGACAAUAGAAUCGAGUGUAUAGUCAAUCGGAAGCUAUUUAAUGUCGCUGAAGGCUAUCAACUGCACAUAUCGCACAGUGCAAUUAAAAUCAGCGCCGGAAGUUUGGCAGGAUUGCAUUACGCAGUCUGCACUUUUGUACAAAUUCUCAGACUGAGCAAGAAUCCAAAUGCACCGGAAGUUUGUGAAAUUGAAAGUGUGCUGAUCAAGGACGAGCCGCGAUUUAUGCAUCGUGGAAUUUUAUUGGACAUUUCGCCGCGAGGUCGGAUUCCAACUUUGGAAUAUUUGCUUCACAUGAUCGAUUUGUGGUCGGCUUUCAAAAUCUCGCAUCUACAUUUGUACUCGAGACUGACUCCGAGCUGCGACUGGCAGCUCUGCUAUUCCAGGUCGGAAAUGGUCACCCUGGACAGAUAUUGCCGGGAUAGACACCUGGAUUUGGUGCCGGCGCUUGAUGUCGACUCGAAUGUGACACAGCGUCAUCUCUCGCAGAUGUGGCCCAUUUUUCAGGAACUUCUCGCGACUUUUCCGAGUUUGAGUUAUGUGCAUGUCGGACCAAGAUUGGCGAGUUUAUUGGUCCAACCAGACAAUCUGGAUUGCAAUUUGUCGAUUAACGAGACUGUGGAGACUGACAUGUCGGAGGUAUUCAAAUCUUACUCGUGUUUGCAGGAGCUCUGGCAUAUUUUAAAUCUGAAUUCAGACACGACUCUGCUGCUUUGCUCGAAUGGUUUGCAUUCAAGGGCAGAGUUUCGUAAUGUCCCUAGUAAUGUGAUUCUCGUCGAAUAUGGCUUCCAGGCGGAUUAUGAUUUUUCCGAAUGGACCGAACCAUUCCGAAUCGCAGGUGGCAAUGUACUUCCAAGUUCCGGAACUGCGAGUUACAAUAGUUUGUCCGGAUGUCCUGCAUCGACUUUUGCGAAUACGAAAAAUGCGAUAAAAACUGCUCUCGAGCAGGAUUCAAUUGGUAUAAUUAUUGCACAUUGGUCAGGCAGUCAUCAUUUGACUCCUCACACUUUUGCGUGGGUUGGAUAUUUAAUAGGAGCGGGAUUAUCUUGGAAUCCGGCUACUGAGAUAGACAUAGGAUCGACUACUGAAAAUUACGAAAAUUGCGAAAUCAAUGGAUCAGCUAAGCAUCACAAUCACCAGAGAUCACUGAGCAAAUUAUUGGACACGCAUGUCUUUCACGACUCGGAGUAUAAAAUUGGAAAUGCAAUUUUGGAAUUAGGACGCAUAGAUACUUACGUAUUAAUUCUGAGUAAAAAUCAAGGCUCUGCAGAUUUACAGCAAAUUCCUGACAAUAGAGGAUCUACUUUAUACAGAUUGUUGACCGAUCCUGAUAAUGUUAAUUUAGAAUACCUCUCUGCUGAUUUAUUUCUGAAAAUGACGAAACAGGUGAAACGAGUUUCUCAUUCGCUUUAUGAGGGCAACGUGAGUUCGAAGUUCGCCUCGAUGGAGAUGCAGGAGCUUCAGUUGACUGCGGAUUUGAUGUUGACGGCUUGUAAAACCGGAAGAACGUUGAUUGGCGUGGGCGUCAAUCCCAACAGCAAUAUGGGCCUUGCGGUGAUAAAUUUAGGUAUCAGUAAUUUACCUCCCACUUUCCGGACUGAUAUAGCGAAUAAGAUGCUGGCUCAUAUCGAGCAAUACAAGGGUGCCUGGCUACAAAGACACCUUCCACAGGGUCUACAAAGCUCUCUCCUGAUUCUCACCAGUGCUUUGCACAGAUUCGUGCCUGAAUCUUAAUAGUAAUCUUAAAUUAUUACGAAAUUUUUAUCCGCAAUAUUUUAAAAAAUAUCCCUGGUGGAAAAAUGUUUACAAACAAAAAAGUACAAAUUACUAAAACCACUUCUAUAGGAAUCUACACAAAAAAAAAAUACAGAGGGUGGCCGUUUUAAUCACAUUAAAAAAUUUCUCCGGGGCGCAAAAAUUUUUCCAU